AUGAAGCAUGCCACCUCCCAAGACUGCGCAGAAGCUCUCCUGCAUGGGUGGAUCAGCCGUUUUGGCGUCCUAGAUAACAUCACCUCUGACCGAAGGCCUGCCUUCACAUCCCAACUAUGGAAGUCUCUGGGAGAUCUAAUGGGAACAAAUAUCCAUCACACCACUGCAUAUAACCCAGCAGCCAAUGGCCACAGUCCUGCAGACAACAACCACCUCGCUACACUACGUCAAACCGUGGGGAAGUACCGGCCAUGUAUCCAGACAUAUAAGAAGUUGCCUCCACGACACCUUCCAGAGUUACUCCACACGUGCAAGUAUGUCUUUGUAAGGAACGACGCCCACAGAUCACCCUUCACCCGCCCUUAUCGUGGUCCAUAUGCUGUCCUGGAGCGCAAUCCUAAGGCUUACCGCCUCAGCAUAGCCGGACGCAGCGACUGGGUGUCCAUCGACCGCCUGAAGCCUGCCUAUGUAUAUGAAGAGGACCCGCCGUCCAGCUCAGCCCGUGCGGGGGGCCCGCCUCACACUCCACCCCAUAAGAACGGACCUGCCUCCACUUCAACUCGUGAGGAUGGCCCUCGUCUCGCCUCCUCUCGAACCGGACAGACCAUUCGCCAGCCACACAGGCUCAACCUUUAG